UUUCAGGUGAACAUCUUCGACGGUGAAGACAUGAAGUCCAGAGCGAACUUCACAGGAACUCAAAUGGCGGCGUACUUUGGACACUCGGUGGCGGCGACAGAUGUUAAUAACGACGGUCUGGUGGACGUGUUGGUUGGAGCUCCUCUCUUCAUGGACAGAGGUUCAGAUGGAAAACUGAGGGAGGUCGGACAGGUGUCAGUUUACCUGUGUCUUGGUAAGUUUACCUUCCAGCCUCCUCAGAUGCUCACGGGCUCCGAGUCUUACGCCCGAUACGGCUCCGCCAUCGCAGCACUGGGAGACCUGGACAUGGACGGGUUCAACGAUGUGGCGAUCUCGGCUCCUUAUGGAGGCCCCGACAAUCACGGUCUGGUCUACAUCCACAACGGCCGCCCUGGAGGCCCCUCCCCCUCCCCCUCACAGGUCCUGCAGGGGAAGUGGGCGUCCAGCUACAUGCCUGCAAGCUUCGGAUACUCCCUGACUGGAAACACUGACAUCGACCAGAAUGGAUAUCCAGGUACACACACAC